AUGAUUUUGGUUCCACUUCAUGAUGAAAACUGCAAGGAAAACAUAGGCGGAGAAUAUGGUGAUAGCAUAUUUGGUGAAAUUGGCGACGGUGGCGUUCAAGGAAGAGAUAAUAUAGGUGGUAUAGGGAAAGGUGGAAGUGUUAAUGAUCGAAUAGAUCAUGGUGGUGGAAAAAGUGGUAGCGGAGGAGAUUAUGGAGAUGGAACUGGAGUAGGAGAUGGAGAAAGUGUUGGAAGCAGAGAUUACAGUAAUGGAAGAAGUGGAGAAAACGUCAAUACAAGUGGCGGAGGUGGUGGAAGCGAAGGAGGAGGCGGAGGAUAUUAG